GUUGGUGAUGCGGUUACCUUAUCGCCAAUUUCGGCCUAACUCAUAAAAUAUCGCUUGAAAUGACCUAAAAUGCAGGUUUUUUACACCUUUACGCUAUGCAAAUAUUGACUCGGAUAAUUUGAAAAUCUUUAUGAAACAGUCGAUAUGAUACGAAAUGAUAAGGCCUUGCUUUUGCAUUAUAAGCGGAAUAUAAUGAAUAUGAUGAAGAUGAAAUUACAAAAAGUCCCAAAAGUCAUCAAAGAGGACUCAUAAUGUCACAUAUAUUCUCUUGUACACCAACAAUUUCCCACCAUUCUUUUGUUUUUCCCGCCCUUUAAACCUAACUUUUUUGCAGCUCCAUCUGCGGCUGUAAUCUGAUCAACACCCACAAAAAAUAAAGUCAUCAAACAUUCUUUGAAUUCUUUUAACACAAAAAUCUUUUCAUAUUGAUACUCAAGUUUAUUGUAUUUUCCCAUGAUUUACACCUAAAAAACACCCCAAAAUACUGGUAUUUUAUUUUUCAUAACAUGGAUUGCAUCAAACAACCUUCAUCUGAAUCAACAAGAAGCAAAAUUUCCAAAACAUUUUCCAAAUGUAUUCACCCUCAAACCCCUUCAAGAUAUCCUCCAAACCCAAAACUUAAAACACUUUCUGAGGAGCUUAAUAUUAGUUUAAAAGACUUCAAAUCCGACCCAAAAUUCACCCGAACGAAAUCCCAAAAAUCAAAUUCAGGUGAUGUUCUUCUCCAAGAACAAGCUGUUAAAAUCAGGGCAGCUAAAGAAGCAGUUAUUGCUAAACUAUUUGCUAGUGUUUCCUCCAUUAAAGCUGCUUAUGCUGAGCUGCAGAGUGCUCAAUUUCCUUACAAUUUUGACUCAAUUCAAUCAGCUGAUGAGUCUUUGGUAAGUGAAUUAAGUGUAUUAUCUGAGUUAAAGAAGAUGUAUUUAAACAAAAGCUUAGAUCUUCCACCACCCCAUGUUACCCACUUGUUAGCAGAGAUUCAAGAACAACAAAAUAACAUCAAAACUUAUGAGAUUACAAUGAAGCAAAUGGAGUGGCAAAUUGAGCAAAAAGAUUCAGAAAUUUUAAGGUUAAACAAUAAUCUUGAGGAAAUCACAAGAACAAACAAAACCCUUGAAAGAAAGUUAAAUUCAAGUGGGAUUUUAUACCAAAUUGCAAAUAAUCUUUCUCUUAAUGAUUUAAAUCAGUGUCAUUUCAUUAGAGUUCUUCAUUAUGCUUUAGGUUCAUUGAGAGAUUUUGUCAAACACUUGGUGGGCGAAAUGGAAUCCAAAAACUGGGAUAUAGAUUCAGCAGCAAAAGCAAUAGAACCUAAAACCAUGUUUUCCAAACCAAAACAUAGAAUUUUCGCAUUAGAAUCAUACGUUUCUCAAUUAAUGUUUGAUGGGUUUAAUCAUCAUACCUUUUUCCUCCCGAACGAGGGUACCAAACAGCCCCUUAAACAAUUUUUCUUUGAAACCUUCAAAAAGCUUCAAUCUCUAACAGCUUCCCAAAUUUUUAUCCAUAAUCCUGGAAACCCAUUUGGGAAAUUCUGUAGAGAAAAAUAUUUAAAAAUAAUACACCCAAAAAUGGAGUGUUCGUUUUUCGGGAAUUUGGAUCAGAGAAAAGUGGUGAGUUCAGGGGCAUUUCCGGCAACAGAAUUUUUCACUCUUUUUGCUGAAAUGUGUAGAAGGAUCUGGAUGCUUCAUUGUUUAGCUUUCAGUUUCAAUCCACCUGCAGUUGCUUUUCAAGUGAGAAAACGGUGUCGUUUUUCUGAGGUAUAUAUGGAGAAUGUUGCCGGAGAAGAUGACGUCAUUAAUGGUGUUGCAACGGUGUCGUUUACUGUGAUUCCUGGGAUCAAAAUUGGUAAAACGGUUGUUCAGAGUCAAGUUUACCUUUCUUCUGUAGAUCGGUGAGAUACGUGUAGAGCACGCGCCGGCUAAGUUUUAUUUUAGGAAUCUGUAAUUAAAUUGAAGAAAAUUUAUUUAAUUUAAUUAAGUAAAUAAAUUUAAUUCAAAUUGUCAGAUUUAGUAUUAAUUAGAUUUUGUGUGUAUAAUUUUAUUUAUUAUAGGUUAGGCCUAGGAAACAGUCCCUAGAGUUAAGAAAAAUCAAAUUCUUAUCGAUAGAAAGUAGUAUUUGUUUUAAUUUGAAACAUGACGAAAUUUCCGAUAUAAUUUUAGUGUUAAGUAUAGUGUCUAGAGUGUGCAAUGUGUUUAAUAGAACAUUAUUUUUUACUUGUAUAUUUUAUAUACAUAAAUUAUUAUAAUAGACUGUAA